AAUAUUUUAAUUAUAAGAUUUCUAGAGAUUUCAACAAAAUUCUUCAAGACUCUAAAAAUCCUCUAGAUAAUAGCCAAUGAUUGCUUAUCUAGUCAAGAUACGAUUCAAGAUAUUUAUUAUGGAAGAAUUAAUAAAAUUUUUUAAAUUUUAUUAGGUUAGGAAAUCUGUCAUUUUUAAUUAAUUAUAUACAUAUUCAAUUAAUAUCACCAUAAUUAUAAAUAAAAUACAUAAUUACUUAUAUAUGUAUAUAUAACUUUUGUCUUUAUAUUUAUUAUUAUUUUUAUUUUUUGCGUUUUUGUCGUAGUAUCGUCUGCAGCUAGCAACAAAACCAUAGUGAAAUAUAGCACCGAACCUAUUACCAUAAACUAGCAUGCUAGCACGCACAGCAACACGCAGCACAUAAUAUUUCAAAUUUCAAGUUGCAUAGCCAUUAUAAUUGCUAGCGAAAUGUCUCGCAUGCGAUCUAAUAUUCAAAAUCGUACCGUGUGCCGCAGGCUUUACACAUGUAUCAGUUACAUAUUUACGCAUGUGCGCAAAAAUUCAUCCUGAUUUGUCCCUUCCAUCAUUACUACGCGUGGGUUCGAAUUUCUUUGCGUUUGACGUCACCGUCACCACUUCGAACUUCGAACUUCGAAGAAGCUCCGUCCGAUAUCAUUGGAUCUUGGAUCUCAUUUGAUCCUUGAACCCUUUCCCUAAUUCCGCGGUUUGUUCCAGACAAUUUUCAAGAUAACGCGCUAGAUAUUCCACGAUUCGACGAAUAAAUCGCCUCUCAUUUAAAGCGUCUGAGUUUUCGAAUUUUGACAAGAUGUGCGUGUUGAUGACAGCUUUUAGUCGGCGAGGAUUUCUUUUGAGGGACGUCGCACAACUCAACAUUAAACAAUUGCGUUGUUCUAAUAAUCGCAAUAAUGCCUUGUCGCGAUGUUGCCCCACGUCCUUGACGUCAUGCAUCGUUAACAUUCUAAGUAAAAAGUUCUCUUCCAUAAAAACUCCAAUCUCUUCCGACGCUAUCAUCGAAGCUCUGACAAACCAACAAGCAAAGGAACUGACUUCGAAGCUCACCUCAGAAGAGCGUAAGCUGUUUUUAGUGGCAUUGAAUGAAUGCAAAUCAGAGGAGGAGAAAGCUGGUUAUAAAGGUCAGUUGGCAGCUUUCCGAUGGAGGAGUAAGCUUGGCAGACCUAGCAAAAUACCAUCGCUGGGCGAGGUGGAUCCUACAGGAACCUUCUGUCCCAUGCCAGAUGAUUGGUUAAAUCGCAAGUAUGUACCACAGUUAGUUGAAAACGUUCCAGAACCAACUACAAAAGAUCUGAUGCUAGUCGCGUUUGCGAACGCAAUUCCGUUCGUCGGAUUUGGUUUUCUUGACAACUUCAUCAUGAUUGUUGCUGGCGAUCAAAUCGAACUGAUCUUGAACAGAAGGUUUCCGAUCUCGACCAUGGCAGCAGCCGCGUUGGGCAACACGGUAUCUGAUGUCAUUGGAAUCGGGUCAGUGCAUUACGUUGAGAUAUUCGCCCAGAAAGUCGGCUUUAAAGCGCCCAAGUUGACAUUAGCACAAUUGAAUCUACCUAGGACACGAAUAGCAGCGAACUUGGGCCGAGUCAUCGGAGUUACGAUUGGAUGUCUCAUUGGUAUGACGCCUAUACCCCUAGCCGCGCUUUUCCGCAGUAGCUGAAUUGCUUGAAAAACGAUUGAGAAAUGAAUUAAGUUAAUUUACACAUGGGACUAAACAUCUCACUUAUAGUAAGCACUUUGUGUCAAAAAGGCCUAUAGACUUCUAUAAUUUUAAUGUUUAACUGCCACAAUAACAAUUUGUCCCAACAAAUGUAUUUAAUAUAUAAAUGUAUAGGAUGUUAUAGGCUGUGUAAAGAACAUAAAGUAUGUGUGUGUAAUAUCAUAAUUUUUCUUUUUUAACUAUUAUAACAAUAGAUUUUUUAUUUCUUGCAUGGUAUUGUGCUGGCAUUUCAAUCCAGCACUGAAUCUAUUAAGUAAAAGUAAGUAAAGAAGAAACUUUCUUUUUUGCUUUUUAUGUAGAGAUAAAACUAGAAAAAAGAAAAUAGUUUUAAUGUCAGCUUCCAAAAGAAUAUUGACCCUUUUGUUCACUCAUUCGUAUAUUUAUUUCAUGUAAAAUCAAAUAAAUAUAUAAUAUUUAAUGCCUUUAGAUGAUAGAAACACACAUAAUGUUCUCUCUCGUAGUAUGCAAUAUCGGAUAUUUAUUUGGAAAAACACGUUAGUAUCGAACGUUAUGUUACAAAAAGUUAGUACAAAAAAUACAGAUAUAUGUCUAUAUGUGAAAGAGAUUGUUUAGGCAAAGCGUUAUCAGAAAGCUAAUAGUAAAUAUUUAAAGAUAUCGAUGAA